AUGCUCAUCACAGAUGUCUACUCGGCGGUGGAAAGAGGCAUCAUGUUGGGUAGCUUGAUGGAGGAUGGUUUAUCGUAUAAGGAGAAGUUCAUAGUCAGAUCCCACGAAGUGCAAUGUAACAAAACCGCUACGGUUCAAACCAUUGCCAAUCUUUUACAGGAGUUGGGAUGUAAUAAGUUUCAGAGCGCUGGAAUUUCGGUUGAUGGGUUUGCGACAACACCUACCAUGGGGAACUGA